CCCACUGCCUAGCUCUGAUUGGUGGAGGAAGGCAGCGCGGGUGCUGAUUGGGGGGCGGCAAAUCGCUCCUGGAGACUGGGGUUUGGUUGCUCCAUACUGCUAAAUUUAUCUUUGGACCCGGAUCUCGCCAGCAGCGAAUCGGAUCUCUAUGGAGGUGGCAAGGGUGAUGUCCCAGAGUCGAGAGCAUCACCGUGUCCCCGCAUCUUUCUUUCUUCUGUUUUGUUUUUCAAGCCCUCUCCCAUUUUCCUCCUUCCAGUCUGCGACGACUGGCUCUUCACCCUGCUCAGGCCUCGGUGAAGAGUCUACCUUUCAAGCUGCCAAAGUGGAGAGUGAUUGCAGAAGGGAGUACUCCUCAUUUCAGCAAGGAAAUCUUAAACAAGAAGUAGAAUCUUUUUGUUACCAAAUUGUAUCUGAAUCAAACGAUCAAAAAGUUGGAAUAUUACAAAGUGAAGAUGAACGGUUGGAGCCAUCAGUUUCUAAAAAACCAGAAGGUGAGCUUUCCAGAGUCAAAUUUAUGUCUGGUUCUAAUAAAAUGGCAACAUUUAGUAAGAAACCAAAAAGAAGAAAAUACGAUGAAAGUUAUUUGUCUUUUGGAUUUACUUAUUUUGGAAACAGAGAUGCACCACAUGCUCAAUGUGUAUUAUGUAAGAAAAUCUUAUCAAAUAGCUCCUUAGCCCCAAGUAAGCUUCGAAGACAUUUAGAAACUAAACAUGCUGCAUAUAAAGACAAAGACAUAAGCUUUUUUAAGCAGCAUCUUGAUUCACCUGAAAAUAAUAAACCCCCAACACCUAAAAUUGUCAAUUCAGAUAAUGAAAGUGCUACAGAGGCAUCAUACAAUGUAAGUUACCAUAUAGCCCUGAGUGGGGAGGCUCAUACGAUUGGAGAAUUGCUUAUCAAACCUUGUGCAAAAGAUGUAGUGAUGCGGAUGUUUGAUGAACAAUAUAGUAAAAAGAUAGAUGCAGUACAGCUUUCAAAUAGUACUGUUGCACGUCGAAUUAAGGAUCUAGCUGCUGACAUCGAAGAAGAGCUUGUUUGUAGACUGAAAAUUUGUGAUGGUUUUUCACUACAACUAGAUGAAUCAGCUGAUGUUUCAGGACUUGCUGUCCUGCUUGUAUUUAUUCGUUAUAGGUUUAAUAAAUCUAUUGAGGAAGACCUACUCUUAUGUGAAUCUUUGCAGAGUAAUGCUACAGGUGAAGAAAUAUUCAAUUGCAUCAACAGUUUUAUGCAGAAACAUGAAAUUGAGUGGGAAAAAUGUGUUGAUGUUUGUAGUGAUGCUUCUAGGGUAACAGAUGGGAAAAUUGCUGAGGCUGUCACCUUGAUAAAAUAUGUGGCUCCCGAAAGCACCAGCAGUCACUGCCUAUUAUAUCGACAUGCACUAGCAGUUAAAAUAAUGCCUACAUCCCUUAAAAAUGUGCUAGAUCAAGCGGUACAAAUCAUCAAUUAUGUUAAGGCUCGACCACAUCAAUCCAGACUACUAAAAAUUUUAUGUGAAGAAAUGGGUGCCCAGCACACAGCACUUCUUCUAAAUACAGAGGUAAGGUGGCUUACCCGAGGUAAAGUUCUUGUAAGACUUUUUGAACUUCGGCGAGAAUUACUGGUUUUUAUGGAUUCUGCUUUUCGACUGUCUGAUUGUUUAACAAAUUCUUCUUGGCUGUUAAGACUUGCAUACCUUGCAGACAUUUUUACUAAAUUAAAUGAAGUUAAUCUGUCAAUGCAAGGGAAAAAUGUAACAGUUUUUACAGUGUUUGAUAAAAUGUCAUCAUUGUUAAGAAAAUUGGAAUUUUGGGCCUCAUCUGUAGAAGAAGAAAACUUUGAUUGUUUUCCUACACUCAGUGACUUUUUGACUGAAAUUAAUUCUACAGUUGAUAAAGAGAUCUGUGGUGCCAUUGUGCAGCACCUAAGGGGUUUGCGCUCUACCCUUCUAAAAUACUUUUCUGUAACGAAUGACGGUAAUGCUUGGGUUAGAAAUCCAUUUACAGUGACCGUUAAACCAGCCUCAUUAGCAGCAUGGGAUUAUGAGAGCCUGAUUGAUUUAACAUCUGAUUCGCAAGUGAAACAAAAUUUCAGUGAACUUUCACUCAAUGAUUUUUGGAGUAGUCUAACUCAAGAAUACCCAAGUAUUGCAAAGCGUGCAGUUCGUGUGCUUCUUCCUUUUGCUACAAUGCACUUGUGUGAAACAGGAUUUUCAUAUUAUGCUGCAACUAAAACAAAAUACAGAAAAAGACUUGAUGCUGCACCUCAUAUGCGGAUCCGACUUAGUAACAUUGCACCUAAUAUUAAACGGAUAUGUGACAAAAAGACACAAAAACACUGUUCACAUUAAAACUGAAGAGUUUUGCAUGUCUCUUGAUAACCAAAUUCUGGGCUUGAUGGUGCACUUCUGGAAUACCAGCACUCAGGAGGAUGAGACAGGAAGAUUGCUUCGAGUUCGAGGCCAGCCUGGGCUAUGCAUAGUGAGUUAAGCCCAGCCUGAACUACAUGGCAGGACUGUAUCUCAAAUCCUCCCAUUCCCCCAAAAUUCACCCAGCAUUAGCCAUCUACUGAAAGUAGUACUGUAUUCUUAUAAGAGUAUAGGUUAAAUAUUGUCAAAUAAAAUUAUCUAAAAAGAUGCAUCAUAA